UAGUUUUCUCAUUGAAUGUGCACUAAAUUUUGUAAUUUGUUUCUUCCUUUUCUUUAUUUCUUCUUUUUUCUUUGCCUUACUAUUCCUCUGAUUUUAUCCCUUUACAUCAGACAAGGCUUGCAGGCCCCAAAUGACAAAAUUAGUAUUAUUUCAUCUUUCUCUGAUGUUGACUAUGAAGAACAAGAAGGUAUACAUAAGGAGAUAGAGGGGAAGAUACCACAGCUGUGUCUAGAAAACGAUAACAUAAAGGAAGCAGAGGUAAAAGAAGUGAGAACUCUUUCAAAAACUGAUAAAUAUUACAGCCAACAAAUACAACCAAAGUACAAGGAUUGGAAAAAGAUAUCAUCUCAAAGCCAAGAAACAGAAUUCUCUACAGCCUUUAAUUAUGACCUUAAGUUUGAAACACCUGCUUUCUCCUGGUAUCCUCAGAAAUAUGAUACAAUAGAUAGGAGAAGGAAAAAGACACCCAUAUACAGUCAUUUUGAAGACACUGAAAGAAGGCAAUAUGAUGAUAGAUUAGGAACUAAGACUAACUUCAAAAGUACAUAUCCUAACACUGAACAUUGUAACCUUUGCCACAUUGAAAAGAAGGAGCAAAAUUACCCAGUUUUGCAUCCCUACAAAAAUGGAUAUGUGGUUAAGAGUGGUAUGUGGACCACUAACUUGGAAAGUCAUGAUUAUAAUCUUCCUGGUUGUUUUAAGAACUGUGAAAAGUCAUCUGGCUUAAACCAACAUGUCACUAAUUUCACUCCAUUAGAUAUUUUUGAAGAUUCUACCAGCAGUACAUCUGAUGAACUUCUGGGUUCCCCUGUUUCUGAUAAGCAGGAAGAUUUACAGUCACCACCAUGUCGUCCAUCCAAUGUCCAUCAUAUUGGAGGCUUUCCAGAAGAAUAUUAUGUAGCAAAUCCUGCAUUCCCAUCACAAAGGAUGAAUUGUGAUACAAGCACACUUGGAGAUAUAUCUGCAUGCCCCAUGGCAGAGGUGACCCCUUCUUCUUCUAUUGAGGAACCCAAGGAGGACUAUAUUGAUACAAUGGAUGAGCUUCAGUGUUUGGUAGAAACAGUGUCAGAAUAUUUAGCAGAGAAGGAAGAGGAGAUUAAUAGAUUUGGUUCCCUUUCAAAAACUAAAAAGACACUUAAACACAAUAGUACUGUUAAUAGUGCAGAACAGAAAAUGCCUGGGGAUCAAAUACCACCUUUAAACAUUGUCAAGAAUGACAAGGACAAGGCCAUCUCUUUUCCUGAGCUGAAUGGAGUGAAAUGUGCUGUGGGUUCUUUAUUCAGUUCACUCACAGAAAAGGUGGGUUCAGGCACAAAGCAUCUAACAACCUCUGUGGAAAAGCUGGUUUAUUUGGUUCCAGAGAAAACAGAAACUCUUAAUCAAACAGAGACAGUAAAUUUGGGAUCUAGACCCAGAGCCAAAUCAGUAUCGGAGAAGGAUCCUUCCAUACAAUCUCCAUCUCCAUUAUCUUCUCAAAUAGUUGAUAAAAAGGACUCUGACAGACCUGACAAAACCUCUGAAAAUGAGCACACGGACAGUAAAACUGGAAAUUUGAGCUUUCCGGAUCCAACAGAAACUAUUGAAAGGGACUCAACUCUACAGAGUCAGAGUUCAGUUAUAAAGUCUGUUUUCAGCAUGCUAAAUCCACUAAAGAUCUUUUUGGAAAAGGAUGAAACCAAAAAAGACGAUGACCAGAACAAGCCAACAAGAAAGGAAAGCUUUGUUGUGUGUAAUUCGGAGUCAAAUCAAAGGGAAGAUACCCUUGGCAAUGACAGUAGCAUUAUAGCUUUAGAUAGGAGUGAUGGGAAAACUGCAGACUGGUCCCAAAUGUCCAUAAGUGACGAUCUAUCACCUUCCCAUGCAGCCAUGGAACCUUCAAAUUUAGCUAGUCCUGCAAGUAAGAAAGAUGAUGUUGAGAGCCUGUUGGAAAGAGAACCCUGUACAGAUCUGCCUUUAUUCCCAGAUCAACCAAAACUAUGUGCCAAAGAUACUUCAGGACAUUCUUGUAUAGCCACCAGUAGACCUGCAAAUAAGGAGUUAUCUUCAAAGCCAUUAGAGGGGAACAAAAUCACAGGUGAUGAUGACUUCCUUGAGCCACUCAGAAAAUCCUUUAGCCAGUUUUUGCUCACUUCCCCCGAGACCUGUUCAAAGGAAACUUUGUCAGACUUUAUGAAAAUUCACCAAUUGGAGGAAGAUGGAUGGGAAAGGGGCCCUAAGAAAGAUGGACAUUCCUUUUCCUUUAGUGGAAAACUACAUAUUCCAUUUUUCAAAGUUCUUAGUCAGUCUGAAAAGCAGCAGGAUUUAAGAGAGAAAGGAAGCAUUUUCCCUUUGUUUAAAUUUUCUUUCAUGGACAGCCAUAAAACUGUCAAUGACCAGAGUUUUCAUGGCUCAGCAGUAACCACUGAUGAAGAGACCCAAAGAAGCUCCCAUGAAAAUGAUAAACUUAGUUCAGUAAAACCUAGUUCAGUCCCAAAUAUUGAUAACAAUCUAGGGAAAUUUGGUGAUACACAGACAUCUAAUAAGAGUGACCAAAUAAAUAGUUCUGAAGAUGCCAUACUUAAUAAAAUGAAGUCUGAUUCAGCUCCAAAUAUUAACAGUGAUCUUGGGAAAUUUGGGAAUAUACAGGAAUUAAACUCAAAUGACCCCACAGCAGUAGAGAACUGUGAAAGAGAUACCUUAACCAUUCCUGGAGUUGUGUCCAAAAAACAUAUGCCUUCAGCUUCUUUAGGAGAAAGUAAGAUUGUUACACAAAUGACAUCUUUAACAGUACCAGACUCUUCAUUAGCAUUUACUUCUACCAUUUCAAAACCCACCUUGGUUAGUGAAAUGAGUGAAGACAAACUUGUAGAUAAAGCUUCCAAGAAAAGAACCCAAGGAGGCCUUCUUUCUGGUCUGUUUAGCCGAUUUUCUUCUUUUGAAAAUGUGUCUAGUCAAGAAGAAUUAAAUUUGAAAAAAGAUGACUCUCAUCACAGGAAUAAUACCCCAAGCUUAUUCUCUGGAAUAUUUAACUUGAUAUCUAAUAGCAGUAUGACUGAUUGUAAACUAGGUGAAACAAAGUCCAUGUCUUUGGGUGACCUAAAGGGUUUGAAUGAAAGUAAGCAUUUAUCCUUGGUUGAGAUCCCUGUUACUUCAUGUGUGACUUCUGAGAACCAGAGGAACCAGGAAAAACAAGAAAAUUCUGGCUUCAUAAAAAGUUGCUUAUCUUCACCUAAAGAAAACAUACCAUUAUCUGAUGCUUGGGUUGAUAAUCAUCAUUGCCCUCCUACAUGGAAAAAUAAACAAAGUGAAAAGAAUUGCCCCUCUUCUGAGAACAGUGUACUUCACUGUGCUCCAAUGGCUCAACAGGAUGUUUUAGAGAACUCUUUGGAUAAGAGGCAGACACAAAACCAUGUUCUUGGGGCAAAACUACAUGAAAAUUCUAACAAGUUAAGUUCACCUCUACUAAAUUCUAACAUUCUUAGUAAGUCCAACCAUUGUCAGGAUUUUGAAGAGAUGAAUAAUCCUUUCUCUCAUGAAUGGGACUCUGAUAUAAAAGAUUUGUCUAAAAAUUCCAGAAAACUUCAGCCAGUUUAUUAUAUGUUGAAUCAAAAUACAUUUCCAUCAGUCGAUGUUUUCCAAUGGUCUGACUCAGAAAACCGAGCAAUAAAUUUUUGCCAAAAAGAUCAAAAUGCAAAUAUCUUGGAGUGGAGAACAAAUCCAAACAGUGUCAUUUGGUGUGACUUACCAUAUGAAUCAUUCAACCAGUUAGCAUUUAAUGAAGAUUACUUCUUAAGAGGUGAUAUGUGGGCAGCUAACUCAAUAUAUGGAAAUUCUUAUUAUCUUCCAAGUAAUGAUCCUAAGAAUUCACUAGAAGAAUUGCCCAUUGACUUAAGUUGUUCUUCAGGUUAUGAGAAGAUUACAUGCCCCAUAGUUGAUCUAGACUCAUUAAGAAUGGGUGAAAGCUUUGUUUUCUCAAGUGUUGGUUAUGAAUACCAGGAAUGGUUGUCAUGUCUUGAAAAUGGAGUGUGGUGGCCAUCAGAGAAUGGAGAUUAUGGAUAUUUUAUGUUCCAUGAUGGUCAAUAUAUAUAUUCUUUCCUUACUGAUUCUACUGGGCAGUAUGCAUAUUUAUUUAUACCUGAUUGUUCUCAUGAAGAGUAUUUGAAUUAUGAUUUACAAACAAAUGAUCUAUCAGAUAUUAUGUUGGAUGAUAGCAUUGUUUCUGCUUAUAGUUUUAAAGCAUUUGACAAGGAAGAUGAAUUACUGUGGUAUGUUGAAGAGGAACAAACUGAUGACCCUCUUGAUUUAUCUGUAGUUUUGCCACGAAGUGAUGGACCAAUGUAUUUAAAUUCAGGAACCUUUUCACAAGUACUUGAAGAGUCAAAUUAUAGCCAAAGGGAUAAACCAUUAGAUUUUUCAGGCUAUAAUCCUCAGAAAUUUAAAGGAGAUUUUAUAUCUUUUGAAAAAAGGCUAUGUGGUUCUGAAGAUUCUGAAUGUACAUUGGAUCUUAGAAAUCAGCCCCAAACUAUUGGUAAUCUUGUCAUAAAUAAAAAUCAAAUUAUAAAGGGAGAUAAUCAGCCUCUAGCUGAGGAUUUAUCAGUCCACCUUUCCAGUUGGUUCCACUCUUCUUCUGAAGAAGCUGCCUCUUUGGUUCAUCUUGAAAAUAAUACUAAUAUCCCACAGCAAACCGAAGAGAUGUCAUCAUUGAACAAAGUGCCUUCAUUAUUUUCUGCCUUGAGUUCUUCGAUUGGAAGUACUUUGCAUUUUGGUAAGAAUGAAUCCUUGGAUUCUUCGGCCUUGCAGAAAUUGGAUCAGCAGUCAAACUUAGCAGAGCUCACAAAUGAUGGUCUUCAGUCAUUAAUAUUGAGUAAGCAACUAGAGAGUAACUCCCAAAAUGAGGAAGAAAGCCUUCUCAAGAAGGAUUCAGAAAGACAAAUAAUAUCCAGUGUUCAGCUACCUGAAUUUGCUAAAAAUAUGAAGCAAGAAUUCCCUUUAAAUAAAAGCGCUCAUGUGAAAAAACAAAGUUUGUUAAAAUCUGUUUUCCAGGUAAAGCAAACAACUUCUCAGGCUAAAUCAGAUACAGAAGAUGACAAGAUGUUCACAGCUGACUCUGUUUCAAUUCCUCUCGUAUCACAGUUUAGUAGGGAUGAGCACAAGAACUGUGAGCCUCCCCAGGACCAGUCUUCCAAAGAAUCUGAGAGAACGUUAUUUAAAAGUGCAUUGAAACUCUUUGAUCAGGGAGAAGACUCUUCAGUAAGUGCAAUAGCAAAUGAGAAACAGGCAUCUGGAUUUUUGAACCUCUUUAAAUCCCAGGUGAAUAAAGAAGGAUCACCAAAUUUAGAAAAGAAUGGUGAUAAAAAUAAAAAGAUAUCAUCGCAGGGAAAGAAUGAAUCUUCUAGGGUUUCAAAUUUUUUUGGUACCCUUGGGGAUUUCUUUAAAACUAAUAUAUCUCCUAAACAGACAACUGAAAAUAUGUCUGUUUCUUCAACGACUAAUAAGGAUGCGGUCAAGGCAGGUCCUAAUCCCACGCAGCUUACUAGCCAGGAUGUUGGGAACUUUCCUGCUGCACCAGUUUCCUCAAAAAGGAAGAUUAGAUACAGAAAUCUGAACAAGCAGACUACUAUUGAUGACAGUGGGCUAACGGAACCAUCAGCUGGGGAGAUCCAGGGUGAUCAUUUGACUGGGGAAGAGACACCCUCCAGAGACCACCUAAUCCAGCAGUCACCAGCUUCAUCUUUCUUAACAGGUUGUCUCAAAGAAUCUUCCAAAGAUUCUUCGGUAGAAACUAGCAGUGUGUCUGCAGUGACGGAAGUUCCAAGAAGUGAUAAAAUAUCUUUAGAUACUCUGAGCAGGAAAAAUUCAAAUGAACAAGAUCAUAUUUUUGACAAAGACCAGAGUUUUUCCACUGCCACAACAUCUCCAUCCCAAUCAGAAUUGCCAACCAGAAAGAGUAUAUUUUCUUUCUUGGCUGGAUCUGAAAAACCUGAGAACAGAGCCUCUGCUGCUCUACCAAGAACCAGAUCUCAAGGAGAAGGGCUCUUCAGUCUUCCCUCCUUUUUUUCCACUGCUAACUCAAGCAGCAAGAAGGAUGCCUCUCCUAAGAGCUCUUUCAGUUUCUUUAGCUUGUCCUUUUUGGAUGAAAAGCAGCAGACUCCUGGGGGAAAACACAGCCUUUCAGCUGUUGCUCCAGUGACUUCUCAGCCCUGUAAGAAGCCAAGUGUUUCUGUAGACAGGGGUGGUACAGUGUCUAGAGAAGGUUCCAAUGGCAAUAGAGAUAGCAUAGUCCAGGAGGUAGUUCAUGAGCAGCAAAUGGCUUCUUUUGUUUCCAUUAGCAACACCACUGAGGUUACCCUUCCUGCAGAUGAGCUCAAUGUAGAGGAGGACUAUCAAGGAAAACUAGGUUUCAGUAAAGGACUAGGAACAUCUUCAGCAGAUUUUCCGAUAAAUCAGUCACAAAAAGACAUUGUUCCUCAUUUAUCAGGAUUUCAGGCACAGACUGAAACACUACUCAUUGGUCCAGAGACCCUGGAGGUAUCUCCCCCUGAAGAAGAGGCUUUUUUACAGGAAGCCUUUCCAAGAGACUCACCGGCCAACUCUUUUUCACAUGAUAGCCAUUUGGUUGAAAAUCUCAACAAUUUAGAUACGUGUACUAACUACCACCAAAAUGAAAGAGGCACCAGUGACCCAUUGAACUUGCCAGUAGAAAAGGUCUCUAAUGAGGUCUUCACAGAGAUCCUGGAGCCAGCCUCUUUCUCUGUGGAGCCAGGGUGUACAGGGCACCUCCAGAGUCAAGAUACAGAUAAAGAGGAAGACAAAUCAGUGUUGGACUCUUCAGUAGAAAUGUUUUCAGGGUUUGUGACCAAAGUGAAAUCUUUCUCUGGGUCCUUAAUUGAACCUCCUAAAACUUUCUCUGGACUUUUCUCCUCUCCUAAACUUCCAAAGAAAAACUCCUUUUUCUCUCUUUCUUCUGGUGUAUCAUCUCAGCCUCUCAAAGGUGAGUUAUUUGGAAUUUUUAAAAGUCCCAAACCAGAGACAUACCAACAAGAAUCAUCUGUCCCAGCUACUACAUGGCUUCCAAAUGUUAGUUCCAGAGAUGCUGUAGGAUCAGUACCUCCGGAAAAUUUGUGGAAAGAAGCUGCCUCUGGAGCACUCAAAUCAGAAUCUAUUGACAGUGACUGUAGAAUGACUGUGGUUAGUGCAAAGUCAGACUCGGAGACCUUGAUGGAUGAUCCUAAACUAACAACUGAAAUGGAAAACAGUAAUAUCCCUGACAAUAUUCCAGAACCCCGAGGUUCUGAGAUCAUAGAGGCUGCAUCUUCUGUCUCAGGGGAUGAUACUGGGCAAGGAGUAUUAUCUCUAAGUGAUGAAGGAGACAUGGGGAUAUUGCAGGGCACAGACACAGAGGCAUCACUGGAAGCAGAGCAUGUCUCAUUACCAACACAAUUGCAUCCAGAUCCUACCUGGAUUACCAAAGACCUUCCUCCUCCAGUUCAGCCACCUCUUCCUCUUGAGCCAGAGCCAGAUAUGCAGUCUGCCUCCACAAGCCGAGACUUAGAGCUACAGGCAGCCAAUUCACUAGAAACCAAUACUACGCUGUUCACUGAGGCAAGUGUUGGCCAGAGUGCUGCACUAGAAACCCAAGGGUACCUUUCCCACCCUCUGCUGGAGGAACCUGUGCUUUGUGCCAAAGAAAGCUAUGGGUUACCUGAUGGCCAGAAAGAGCCACCUGCAGUUUCCCAGGAAACAGAGCAGCCAAGUCCUCGUUUUGAGAUCCCAAACAUAACCAGUUGGCCAAAGCUCCGGUUCCCAUCCUCUGCUACUGAUUAUGGGAAACCACUGAGCUCUUUCUUUUCCUCACCUUCCUCCUCUGGCAAUAGAGCAGAGACUGGUUUAAUGUCCAGUUUUAAGAAGUUGUCAACUCUGUUUGAGGGAGGUAGUGAGGGGAAAGGGAGUAUAGUGGCAAGUGAUUCAAAACUAAGGUUUGGAAAGAAGCUGGAUCUUUCAUUCCCAUGGCCAAAAGAGAACAAAGGGGACCCUGAACAAAUGCCUACAGAAUCUUCCUCUCCAGUUUUGGUUAUCAGCAGUGAUCAAGACCUUAAAUCCAGUGAGGCUGACAAAACUUUGGAAUCUUUGCAAAUGUCUGGGCCAAGUACUGAGUCAGUUAAGGUCUUUCCUCAGCCCUCUGGGACCUCUGAGCAGCUGGAGGCCAGGCCAAGUAUAUGUGCUCAUGAGUUUUCAGGGUCUGGAGAAGUGGAAAACCAGCAGGAAAUCCCAACAUCUGGAGAGCACUGGGGUACCAAAGAUAACCUCUCUGACCCAACCUGUCCUUCAGGGGGUUGUGGGGAAGAACUCUGCACCAUCUCUGAGCUACUUCACCAGUCAGAAACACGUGAAGAGGAGGCAGAGCCUGCUAGCACUGACUCUGUUUCGAAUGUACAGCAGCCAGUUACUCUGAGUAACAUCAAGGAACCAAAGACCAGCAAAAGGCCUGUUCUCAACUAAAGCAUCAUAAAUGAUUUUAAAGAAUUGACCAUUUAUGAUGCAAUGACUUAGUGGUAGAUGAAUCAUAGCCUGCUUAUUAUCCUUCCUGUGUAUCCCCAGCACCUGGUUUUUCAUGUUAAUUAGGGGUUAAGUAACAAGGAAUAAUGUGUGGGUAUUGUCCUCUUCUCUUCUCCCUAUCAAAUGUAAUUCAUUUAUUGGAACAAGGAGCUUCCUGCUUAAGGGAAAGGCUGGGUCCUGGGAUUUAAUCACUUUGGUUUGCUCUGCCUUGUAUAAUGUAGAAUGGAGAAGGGAGGGUGACAAGGGGCAGCAAAUUGUUGAGUGACAUAUAUCAGUUACAGCCACAUGAUAGGCUAGAAUGCUUUCUUGGGCCUUCGGCACUUAUAUCUGUAAUAGCUGAGAGAGACCUACUUUACUUUUCCAAGUCUUCUAAGAUGCUUUCUCCAGUGGCAAUUAGAGUAUUAAGUAAAAUGCAAAGUGUGAAGGAUGGCUUGGGCUA